GAAACUGAAUUUACUGAACUUUUCUUAAUACAGAUCCGGUGUAAAUCAGUUUUGGUGAGGGUUUUAUCCAUUUAUUUAGUGCCAUGGAGAACUUGGAGAAGCAGCUGAUUUGUCCCAUAUGCCUGGAAAUGUUUACCAAGCCCGUUGUUAUCUUACCCUGCCAGCACAACCUUUGCAGAAAGUGUGCCAAUGAUGUUUUCCAGGCUUCAAACCCGUACCUUCCGACAAGAAGUAGCUCGGUGACGUCGGGCGGCCGCUUCCGAUGCCCAUCCUGCAGACAUGAAGUGGUCCUGGACAGGCACGGUGUCUACGGCCUGCAGAGGAACCUGCUGGUUGAGAACAUCAUUGACAUGUUCAAACAGGAAUCCAGCAGCAGCAGCAAGCCUGCGCCAGAGAGAAAAGAGGAAAUGCCCAUGUGCGACGUUCACGAGGACGAAAAGAUCAACAUUUUUUGUGUAACGCACGGUGUGCCCACAUGCUCCAUGUGUAAAGUGUUCGGGGCCCACAAAGACUGUGAGGUGGCGCCCAUCAGCAGCAUCUACCAGACCAAGAAGACGGAGCUCAGUGACGGGAUUGCCAUGAUGGUUGGUAACAACGACCGGAUUCAAGGCAUCAUCAGUCAGCUAGAGGAAGCCUGUCGAGCCGUAGAGGAGAAUGGUCGGAGGCAGAAAACUCUGGUGUGUGAGAAAUUCGACCAGCUGUACUCUGUCCUGGAAGGGAAGAAGAGGGAGAUGAGUCAGAAAGUGACAGCCGAGCAGGAAGAGAAGGUGAACUACAUCCGAGGUCUGACGAAGAAAUACAGCGACCACCUCGAGGAGGGCUGCAAGAUAGUGGAGAUGGGGAUUCAGACGAUGGAGGAGCCAGAGAUGGCUUUGUUCCUUCAGAGCACAACACCUCUACUUAAAAAGAUUGCAGAUGCGUCCAAUACGGCACAUCUUGAUAAAGUUGAGAGAGGAUAUGAGAAAAUGGAUCAUUACAAAGUCGACUGCAGAAAGGAACGCAAGGCCCUGCGCAGCAUCGAUUUCAUCCGAGAUGACGAGGACGACGAGGAAGAGGAUGCAGAAGCAGGCCAUGAGGAGAAAGAAGAGGCUCAGAUUGUGUCUACAGGUGCUGUUGUUUCUGCCCCCCAGCAGACUUAGGCGCCAUCCUCCAGCUCAGACAACACCUUGAUCAAAAAAAGGGGAACUGUUGCUCCUUGAUGAUACAUUUUUACCCAGACUGGGAGAACUGUGCCUAAAGGAAACGCCCGAGCCGAGGAGGGCAGAUCUAAAGAAAGACA